GAAACUACUCACAAGGUUGCUGAAAACUUUUCGACAGCCCACGACCGGUUUCGCCCUUCUUGGGGCUCAUCAGAUAGGCGCAGUCCCCGAGUUUCCGUCAACCUUAUGAUCUACUUGAAUGAAGCUACCCACAAGAAUACUGAAAAAUCUUCGACAGCUCACGACCGGUUUCGCCCUUCUUGGGGCUCAUCAGGUAGGCGCAGUCCCCUAGUUUCCGUCAACUUUAUGUUUUACUUGAAUCCAAAUCGGACAGAUUUCUACAAAUACACUCAUUUGCAAAUGAUAUUUGUCAACUAA